AACGUUAUUUUUACGAUAACUUAGUACCAAAUAGGUUCGCUAAAUAAAAUGUUUGUUGCGAGAAUAGCGCUUUUGUUUAUAAUUUGUAUUUGGGUUCGUUUAACUUCGCAGGAGACUGUGAAAGUGACCUUAUAUUAUGAAGCUUUAUGUCCGUACUGUCACGAAUUUAUUCAGGAUCAGUUAUAUCCGGGAUACGAAACAUUGGGAGAUUCCUUACAACUAGAUUUAGUUCCAUACGGCGCAGCCAAGCACAAGAAAGUCCAUGGGAAAUGGAAGUUUUCAUGUCAGCAUGGUCCAAAAGAAUGUUAUGCAAAUAAACUACAUGCAUGCGUGUUGAACAAAAAUUAUACUCAAGCGGAGAGUAUGAACUUUAUAGGUUGCUUAAUGAAGACGGCAAAUCCAGAGAAAGAUUCUAAUGCUAAAAAGUGUGCAUAUAAGAAAGAGCUGUCUUGGGAAACCAUUAAGAGAUGCGCAAAUGGCGAGGAAGGCGACGAACUCUUUGCUCAUUAUGGAGAUGUAACUGACAGUUUAUAUCCCAGUUUGGAAUACGUUCCACAUAUUCUAUUCAAUGACAAAGAUAAUCAGACUUUGGAAGAUUCUGCUAGAGAUAAUUUUGUAAAAACUGUAUGCGCCAUUUUCACAGACAGACCUAGCGGCUGCUAAUUUUUAUAUUUGGCCAAUUAGCAAAUACUUGUUAACUGUUGUAUUCCACUAAUAUCGAGCUGGUGCUUGUACAUAGGUAUCAUUAUUUACUACAGUAAUAAAAUUACGUUAUAUGUA